AUGACAAUUCCUGCCGAUAUUCUUGCUGCGGAUGCAGCAGGGAGAAUUCCUGAUGGGGUCACUCUCUCAUACCUCGCGCAGUCUCGUGAUAAGUCUGCCCUUGUGGGUAUCUUGUUCAUGGUGUGCUUCACGGGUCUUCUCAUGGUUCUACGUCUGUAUGCGCGGGCAUUCUUGGUGAAGAAGGUCGGCUUCGAUGAUUGGCUUGCAAUUGUGACAUUGCUUUUCUACGUGACAUUUGUGGUCCUUUCAGUCGUUCUGAUCCACCUUGGAAGUGGUCGCCAUAUCGAAUAUAUCGAAUAUGUUCUUUCUAUGUCCACAGUUCGCGAGACUGAGGUGUUGGAUUUCGUUGCCCACAUUCUCUAUACAACUGCUCUUUUCCUAUGUCGACUUUCCGGUCUCGCAUUCUACUUCCGGCUCACGGCACGCACAAGCAAACUGCACAAGUCUAUUCUCGUUGCAGGGCCAUUUCUCUUUGCUGCCUAUCUUCCUCAGCUCUUUCUCUUGAUUUUCCAUUGCAGUCCGGUCACCGGUCUAUGGCCCUACUCCUGGCAGCCGGGUGCUGAUGAUUACAAGUGUCUCUCAUGGGGUCUUGUAUACUCAGUCAACUCAGGACUUUCUUUAGCUUGUGAUGUGAUGAUGUUCAUCAUCCCUGCUAUCCUUAUCAAACAGCUUCAUGUCUCUUUAAGGAACAAGAUUAAGCUCUCCGUGGUCAUGUUCCCUGGUGUCUUUGUCAUCGUCAUUUCCGCUGUCCGUAUCUGGCUAGUUGUCAAGGGUCAAUGGGCAAGUGACGGUAGUUGGGCUUACAGCCCUAUGCUGUGUGUCGAGAAUGCCGAGAUCGCAUGUACACUCAUUGCCCUUUCCGUGCCCGCCCUCAAGCCUGUCUUCGGAAACAUCUUCUCCCACUUGACAGAGUACACCGGAAGCCACACUCGCUCUCGUUCUCGUUCCGCGGGUAUCCUUCGAAGCCAUUCGAAGCCAAUGACUGGCUUGGGCUCGCAGGUCCGUGAUGAUAAACGGCUAUUAAACUGGUCGAAACUCGGCCGUGAUGAUUAUGAAAUGAUGCCUUCGGAGGUUUCUGUGACUCAGGAUCCUUCCAGUCCCAGAUCCAAGACCCCUGGUAUUCGGGUCACUAAUGAGAUUAAUAUUACUCAUGGAGAGGAGCGGCCCGCGUCGCAGCAGUCCUCGAGGCCUUCUUCGCAUGAGAGGACUUCUCACGAUGUCGCUUCAAAAGUAUGA